GAAACGAGUCACUGGAGAGUCAUUUAGAUUUCAGCUAUCGUACUUAAACCAACAUUUCAAGGUCGCGGGUACAAGAAUACCUUUAUCACUAGCAAGACUCACAUUCAAAGCUUGCAAUGGCUCAAGUCUACAUUGACGAAUCUGCCGGGUCAGAUACCACGGGCACGGGCACCAUCGAUCUGCCAUAUCAAUCCCUCGCACAGGCCAUCUUCUCCACCCAGAGCACAGAAUACCUUAUCCGAAAAGAUCCUAACACUGAAUACGACGCCCCAACACAAUCGGCACUCAAGAAGGCUAAGAAAGGUGCAGAGGGACUCGAGAAAAAGAAGAAGAAAGCGGAGGAGGCUGCUGAACGAGAAGCUGGUGAGGAGAAGGAAAAGAGAGAGAAGAGAGAGAAACUGCUAGAGGAGAGCAAGCAAAUCGUUCUAGUGGAAGACGAGGCUCUUCCAAAGGCUACGAAGGCUAAGAUCGUUAGCCUAACACCAUUGCGGGGGAGCCGCGUACGUGUAUCAGGUUGGGUACAUCGACUUCGUGAUCAAAAGGAUCUGAUCUUCGUCGUCCUACGCGAUGGUACUGGAUACCUGCAAACUAUACUCUCUAGUCGUGUUGCAAAAACAUUCAACGCGCUCACACUUACUCUUGAAUCCUCAAUCGAGGUCUUUGGUACUCUCCAGGCCGUACCUGAGGGUAAAACUGCCCCUGGCGGGCACGAACUCAUCGUAGACUACUGGCAAGUUCUCGGAAGUGCUCCUGGAAACGAAGACGCGUUCACUAACAGAUUGAACGAGAAAUCCGACCCCUCGAUCCUUGCCGAUCUCCGCCACCUCGUAUUGCGUGGAGAGACAUCUUCGUCUGUCCUCCGUCUCCGUGCGGCACUCCUCUCUGCAUUCCGCGCAUCCUAUGGUGCACACGACAUACUCGAAGUGACUCCCCCGUGUAUGGUUCAGACCCAAGUCGAGGGUGGUGCAACGCUGUUCAAGUUCGACUAUUACGGCCAACCUGCUUUCCUCACUCAGAGUUCCCAGCUAUAUCUUGAGACAUGUCUUCCCGCACUGGGUGAUGUAUUCUGCGUGCAGGAAAGUUUCAGAGCAGAGAACAGCCAUACACGCCGUCAUCUGAGCGAGUACACGCAUCUCGAAGCCGAGCUGGCUUUCGUCACAUUUGACGAUCUCAUGACCCACAUCGAAGCCAUCAUAUGCGAAACCGUUGACAAGCUCCUCGCCGACCCAGCCUCUGCAGCGCUGAUCAAACAGCUCAACCCAAACUUCACACCGCCUUCCCGGCCCUUCCUCCGUAUCUCUUAUGUCGAUGCGAUCGACUGGCUCAACGAGCAUGGGAUUCAGCACGAGAAGGAAGAUGCAGAAGGAAACGCCGUGCGCGAUGCAGACGGGCGUCCUAUCAUGGUUGACCAUGCAGUAGGUGAUGAUAUCGCCGAGGCAGCGGAGAGACAGAUGACGGAUAUCAUUGGCAAACCGGUGUUCUUGCAUGGAUUCCCUGCUGAGCUCAAAGCAUUCUACAUGAAAAAGAUAAAGGGGGAAGGCCCAGCAUACACCGAGAGUUGUGAUCUGUUGAUGCCUAACGUGGGUGAGAUCGUGGGUGGGUCCAUGAGGAUAUCAGAUAUGGAAGAAUUACUUGCUGCAUAUAAACGCGAAGGUAUCGACCCCACCCCGUACUACUGGUUUACUGAUCAGCGGAAAUAUGGUACCUGCGAGCAUGGCGGGUAUGGGCUUGGAGUGGAGCGAUUCCUGGCAUGGUUGGCCAACAGAUACACAGUCAGGGAGUGCACACUGUACCCUAGAUGGCCGAACCGUGCUACACCUUAGAGGUUCUCUCUCAUAUUUCGGUUUGUAAAGGUGGUAAUAUUUCUCACUAAAAUCUUCUCGUCACUUCUUCAUCAAUUUGUUUCAUUAGAUUAGUUGUUCACUACUGUAGGCUUGGAUGUGUGUGCGUGAAUUUGUUGCCUGAUGUUUGGUGAUUAUAUAUACUCCAUCAGCUGGUUUGAGACUACAGUUUUGAGAAUCAUCGACGAAGAGAAUAGCAAUAAAUAAGUCGUCACUACAGCAUUCCCAUCCCAUCCUCGUCCCCGUCGGUACCCCAUCCACUAGCUACAACCUCUUCCUCCUGGGCGUGAGGGAACGACGUAAACGAAGAAGCCUCUGGUGAAGGUACAGAUGUUUCCUGUGUUGGAUUCGGUUCUUUCUCGCGUGAUAUUGGCACUGGCGAAUCAGACUUCGAUGUGGCGGUCGAUGGCUGUCCCUUGUGCCACGUUACCUGCACUCGCCCAGCUGAUGGUAUAUCCUGCCCUUUGGCCAAACCCUG